CCCCCCGUUCUGAUCCGCUGCGGGAAGCCGCGUCGGGCUUGGUCGGGGUGAACUGGGCGGGGCGGGGGGGGGGAGUGGGACAGAGCCCCCAAAAGACAUCCCGCCUCUGCCAGCCCCUUGGCUGGCUGGGCAGAGGAGCGUGGGUGCCUCCGCCCCUCCCGGCUGCUUAGCGUCACGCGUGACGUCCCCGAUGAAGGCUGGGAGGGCCAACGCCAGCAGAGAGGAAGGCGGAUUCUGAGAGCUGCAGAGUCUGGUAACCCCGGAAAGCCCAGAGCUCACAAGUAGCUGAAUGAGAUUAGUUGCUGCUCCUGGUAUUCACCACAUACAGGAAAUGGGUGACUUGCCCUUAAAUAUCAACAUCCAGGAACCUCGCUGGGACCAAAGCACAUUCCUGGGCAGAGCUAAGCAUUUCUUCACUGUUACGGAUCCUAGAAAUCUGCUGCUGUCUGGAGAACAGCUAGAAGCUUCCCGGAACAUUGUGCAGAACUAUAGGGCUGGUGUGGUAACCCCAGGGCUCACCGAGGACCAGCUCUGGAAGGCCAAGUAUGUAUAUGACUCUGCAUUCCAUCCGGACACGGGCGAGAAGGUGGUUCUCAUUGGCCGAAUGUCAGCCCAGGUGCCCAUGAACAUGACCAUCACAGGCUGCAUGCUCACCUUCUACAGGAAGACCCCAACCGUGGUAUUCUGGCAGUGGAUCAAUCAGUCCUUCAAUGCUGUUGUUAACUAUUCCAACCGCAGCGGCGACGCGCCCAUCACUGUGCAGCAGCUGGGAACAGCCUAUGUGAGUGCUACCACUGGGGCUGUGGCCACGGCUCUGGGACUCAAAUCCCUCACCAAGCAUCUACCCCCCUUGGUUGGCAGAUUUGUGCCCUUUGCAGCUGUCGCUGCUGCCAAUUGCAUCAACAUUCCUCUGAUGAGGCAGAGGGAGCUGCAGGUGGGCAUCCCAGUGACGGAUGAGGGAGGUCAGAGGCUUGGCCACUCAGUGACUGCAGCCAAGCAGGGAAUCUUCCAGGUGGUGGUAUCAAGAAUCUGCAUGGCGAUUCCUGCCAUGGCCAUUCCCCCAGUGAUCAUGGACUCUUUGGAGAAGAGAGACUUUCUGAAGCGCCGUCCCUGGCUGGGGGCACCUCUCCAGGUGGGACUGGUAGGCUUCUGCCUGGUGUUUGCCACCCCGCUGUGCUGUGCUCUGUUCCCCCAGAGGAGCUCUAUCCAUGUGACCAGGCUGGAACCAGAGCUGAGGGCUCAGAUUCACAAGCAAAACCCCAGCAUCGAGGUGGUGUACUACAACAAAGGGCUUUGAAGAGAGUCAGCCUUUUUCCCCUUCCUUCCUUCCUUGGGCUGAUGCUUUGGUGCCACCUUGCCAUCUCUGCCACUUGUCCACCUGCCUGGUUUGGGGCAGGGGGCUUGGUAGGGAAGCAGCCAUUAAGACCAGCAAUCUACUAGGCUGGGGGAGGUGCCCCGUAAGCCUUUUUCUCUCCUCUGUGGUUUCAAAGAGCAGAAUAACAUAACAUUACCCUCCUGUGCUUACAUGUAUACAUACAUGAAGCAAGCAUAUCUUUAUACGUUUGGUCUUAGAAACUAAGAGUAAACAUGUAUCAGAACAUCUACAGAAUGUCAGGACGGAGUCUGAGGGGCAUGAGCAGGCCACACACUGGGAUGAAUCCUUCAAGUUUCUGAUACUUGGCUCUCAAAGCUGCCUCAGAACCUGGCCUGGUAGAGGAAGCAGUGUUGAGAUGAGGCAAGCAAAAGGCUUAUGCAUCCUUAUGGCCAUCCCCCAUAUCCUAGAAAGCUCCAUUUCCUCUCCUCUACCAGAACAAAGGAGUGUCAGUAUCUUGUUCUUGCUGCCUCCCCAUGUCCUGCACGCUCAGUGUGGGCGCCUUUAUGUACAACUUUAGUUCUUAGUCUGCUGAGACUUCAUGACCUCAAACAAAUCCCACAGUCCUCUGCUCCCUUUAGGGGCUAUCACCACCCACAUCACUCAUAGAACACAUGUGCAAAUGGUACGCAAAUUCCACAGACCUCAUAUGUACAAUCUAAAGACAGGGAAUUCUAUGUUCCACUGACUUUUCUUACAGUCUCUUAGCUUUUUCCCUUUCUUGUCUCUUGGAAGUGCUUGGUAUUAGACUCAGGCUAGGCAAGUGUUCUACCACUGACCUACAUACUCUCAGCCUUUCUUUUUCUUUUUCUUUUUUUUUAUCUUAAGGCCUGGCCUUGCCUUUUUCAUCCAGGCCCUGUUGGCUGGACCAAAUGGAAGAUGGGUUUGGGGAUGGCAUAGGGUGUGGUGUUUCUGGUCCAGAGUGUGUAGUUAGAUCUCAACUCUAACUUCUAUGACCUCUGGCUAACGAGGUAGAUGAGGACUAAUGAAAGGCACCAGUGGGGUCCUCAGAGCACUCCCCUGCUCCUCCUAACUCACUUCCCCCCAGUGAUAACAGCUGUGAUACCAUGGUGAGUCAAUAAAUUGUAAGCCUGUCUAC